AACUAGUACACGAAAGAAAAUCAAAUUUAGUAAAACACAUUCUAAGUUUAGUGCUUUCUUUCUUCAUCAUUGUAUUUUUAAACCUAAUCCAAAAUAUAGUAUUAUUUUUCAUAAUUUCUAAUUAUUUCCGAAACCUGAAACCGGAUUUCACGGACGGUUUGUUUACCGAACCGGGUCUCCGUCUGAGAUUGGUGGGGUCCACCUGAACUGAAUUCUGAAGCCGGAGAUGGAUCUACCUGCACACCAGCGUCCUUUAUUUUCGGACCGAGUAACCGUCAACGGCGCCGUCACGCCGCUUGCUCUUCUCGCCGACGGUAGGCUCUGGUGGUCGGAAGGGAUCCAACGCUGUCUCUCCCUCGAAAAAGAGGUCCUCGGAUUCGUCGCUAGUGGACCCUACAUCAAACUCAAGACGCUCGUGGAGGCUCGUGACGGUUGCUGCACCACCGGUGCCGCGGGCAGACUCGUUCCUAAUGACGUCGUUUUUAAACCCUCAUCGGAUGAAACACAUAGGCUCUGGUGUCAGAAGCUUCGCGAAUUUAUUGAUUCUCUUGGUCGACCUAAGAGGUUGCUGGUUUUUGUGAAUCCAUUUGGUGGGAAGAAAUCUGCUGUGAAGAUUUUCGCUGAACAAGUUAAACCUCUUUUUGAAGAUGCUCAAAUUCAACUCACUAUUCAAGAAACCAAACAUCAGCUACAUGCCAAGGAGGUUGCUUGUUCGCUUGAUAUAAAGAAGUAUGAUGGAAUUGUUUGUGUUAGUGGAGAUGGAAUCUUGGUUGAGGUUGUAAAUGGGCUUCUUCAAAGAGAGGAUUGGAAUACAGCAAUAAAGAUGCCCCUUGGAGUAGUUCCUGCAGGUACGGGAAAUGGCAUGGCAAAAUCUCUGCUUGAUUCAGUUGGCGAUCCUUGUGCAAUAUCCAAUGCCGUUCUUGCUAUUAUACGAGGCCAUAAGCGACAGCUUGAUGUGGCUACCAUCACACAAGGAGAAACCAGAUUUUUCAGUAUACUAAUGCUUGCAUGGGGUCUAAUUGCUGAUAUUGACAUCGAGUCUGAAAAGUAUCGGUGGAUGGGAAGUGCUCGUUUAGAUUUUUAUGCUCUCUGUAGAUUAUUCAAUUUGAGGCAAUACAAUGGACGCGUUUCGUUUGUGCCUGCACCUGGGUUUGAGUCUUAUGGGGAGUCUACCAGUUACCCUGCCAAAUCCACUAUCAAAGGUGACAGCAGUGAUCCAAGUGAAGGAGCACAUGUUAAUUUGCAAACACUUUAUUAUCAAGGACCUGAAAUAAACUUGGAAAAUAUGAAUUGGAGAGUUAUAAACGGACCCUUUAUUAGUGUCUGGCUUCACAAUGUACCUUGGGGAGCUGAAGACACAAUGGCAGCACCUGAUGCAAAGUUCUCUGAUGGUUAUCUGGACCUGAUCAUUUCGAAGAAUUGCCCAAAGUUACAUUUGUUGUCAAUGUUGUCAGGGUUGAGUAAUGGAGAACAUGUGAAAUCUCCGUAUGUCACGUAUCUGAAGGUGAAAGCUUUCAGUUUGGAACCUGGUUCACGCACCAAGGACCAAGAGAAGGAAGGGAUUAUAGAUUCAGAUGGCGAGGUUUUGGCAAGAGGGAAAGGAACCUACAAGUGUGAGCAGAAGGCUUUGAUGGCCUAUGAUAAAUUGCAGAUAACAGUGGAUAGAGGUUUAGCUACACUUUUUACCCCUUUAUGAUAUUUUUGGUUUAAUUAUUUUCGCGGGCACAUUCCACUCAAUGCAAUACCGUUACCGUUCACACGGUGGUAUGAACAUAACCUUCCAUGGGUUAUAGACAGAUCUUGUACAACAUCAGAUACAUCAGAUGUAUUGUAUAGCAAGUUUCCUUUGCAACAAGAAUUUGGCGAGGGUUAAAUUUUUUUGGAAUAUUAAUAAAGGAAAUAAUUUUAUCA